UCCACUGGUCCAUCUUGUGAUUGUGAGGUUUAGAGAUAAAGACAGUUUUUUAGUCGAGAAAAAGAUGACUAAAGAGAAGGUUGGUGUUUCUAGUGAGGAGAAAGGAAGCCAUUCUUCUUGGUUCAAGGAAGUGGAAGCUGAUGGAAAUAAAACUACCUCUCAAUGUGUCUCUUCAAUCAUUCCAGGAUGGUUCUCUGAAAUCAACUCUAUGUGGCCUGGAGAGGCACAUUCUUUGAAGAUAGAGCAAAUCAUAUUUCAGGGCAAGUCCCUUUACCAAGAUAUCAUGGUAUUCCAGUCGUCUACAUAUGGCAAGGUUCUUGUGUUGGAUGGGGUGAUUCAAUGUACCGAAAGGGACGAAUUUGCAUACCAAGAAAUGAUCACUCACCUCCCUCUGUGUUCAAUCCCCAACCCAAAGAAGGUGUUGGUCAUUGGGGGAGGUGAUGGUGGGGUUCUUCGAGAAGUGUCUCGCCAUGCUUCUGUAGAGCAGAUUGACAUCUGUGAAAUUGACGCCAUGGUUGUUGAUGUUUCCAAGCAAUUUUUUCCUGAUAUGGCUGUAGGCUACGAGGAUCCCCGUGUUACACUCCACAUUGGUGAUGGAAUUGCCUUUCUCAAAGCUGUUCCUCCAGGAACUUAUGAUGCGAUUAUCGUGGAUUCUUCUGAUCCUAUCGGCCCAGCCCAAGAGCUAUUUGAGAAGCCAUUUUUCGAGUUGGUUGCUAACGCCCUCCAACCUGGUGGAGUGGUUUGCACCCAGGCUGAAAGCAUAUGGCUGCAUAUGCAUAUUAUUGAAGAUAUUGUUAAUGUAUGCCGGCAAGUAUUCAAAGGCUCUGUAAGCUACGCAUGGACUACAGUACCCACUUACCCAAGUGGGAUGAUUGGUUUCAUGCUCUGCUCAACUGAGGGCCCGGUAGUUGAUUUCAAGAAUCCAGUGAAUGCCAUUGAUGUCAAUGAUGAAGCUCACAGUGUUACAAAACGCCCCUUGAAAUUUUACAACUCAGAGAUUCAUUCAGCUGCAUUUUGCUUGCCAUCUUUCACGAAAAGGGUAAUCACCAACAAAUCUGAGGUUAACAACACCAACUAAACCGUAGAAUUUGGAGCUACCAGAAUAAAGCAAGGCAGUUUUUUUUAUCGGCCUUGUGCUUGCGCUUG